AUGCCAUCUAUAGUGAAUAACGAUAUGGAUGAUACUAUCAGGGAAGUAGUAAAUGAUUCUGAACAAAUAGAUUCAGUCUCAACAGUUACAAAUUUACAAAUUAUAAACGAUUCAUCAAUUAAUCAAACUGAUAUAUUAGAUAUUUCAAUAGAUGUAUUCAAGAGAUUAUAUCCUUCAGAAACGGAUGAACAGUUCGCAUUCCCAAUUCAUGAACUUGCUAAUAGAUAUCUUCUUGUUAAAUUUUUAGGAGCUCCUGAUUAUUUCAAUAAAUAUAAUAUUUUAAAAUUGAAUAGAAUAAAUUAUAAACUUGCAUUAAAUUCAAUAAGUUUUAUAAAUAAUACCAAUUUGAUAUCGAAUUUUGAUAUUGAUUCAUUAACUUUAAAUAAAUCAAUUGUUAAAACUAUAAAUUAUGAUUCAAUACCUUUAUUAUCACAAAUUUUUGUAUCCGUGCCCCUGGAAAUUUAUAAAAUUUUGAAUUCAAAAACACAAGAAAGUAUCAAACAACAAUUUCUAACUCAAUUUACUAUUAAUAAUGAUAAUAUAAUUAAUGAAGGUGAUAGUUUGAAAUUAUUGAAUGGUAAAAUUGAUUUAUGUGAACCAUUAACACAGGGUAAAAUUAAUGAAUCUACAAAUAUAGUGUUAAUUAAUCAAAAUGAAGAGGAAAUAGAUGAUGUUUUAAAUGAUGAUGAUGAUGAUUUAGAUGAAGAUUUAAACUUAUCAUCCUAUUUAUCUUCGAGUUUACAAUUUGACAAACAAGCAUUACCUAUUGAAUCUAAAAAAUUUAAAGUUGGUCCAUUACCUGAAAAAUUAAAUAUUGAUGAUUUGCCUAAAAACUGGUCAAAAGAUGAUAAUGAUUUAUUUAUAUUCAUAAACAAUCAAGAUUUUAUAAAUUUGAAUUUUCCUGUUUUCAAUGGUGAUUUAAUUAAAUUAAAAACUGAAGAUAAUCAAACUACAAUUGUUAAAAUAUUUACAUUUAUUGAACCACAAUUUAAUUUUAAAAAAAAUACCGUUUAUUUAUCACCUAUUUUAUUAAUAAAUUUAAAUAUAAAUGAAAAAUCAAGAGUUGAAUUUGAACCAAUUAAUGAACAAGAAGAAUCAAUAUCGAAAUUAAUCCCUAUUGCUGAAUCAGUUACAAUUACUAGAGUAUCAUCACAAAUCACAAUGGAUAAAACAUAUCAAAAGAAUAUAUUUUCAAGUUUAAAAUCAAUUUUAACUACUCAAUUAAAAUGUGUAAAACAAGGUGAUUUGAUACCCGUUACAAUAGAUUCAAUAUUGGCAAAAACAAUGUUUGAUAAUUCAGAAGAAGAUGCAAAUGUAGCAACUGAUGAAGUGCCAAAUGAUGAUGUUGAUGUUAUACCUAUUGGUAAUCCAGAUGUUGUUGCAUGGUUUAAAAUAACAGAAGUUAAAGGUGAUGAUAAAUUAGGUACUAGUCAAUUUUUGAUAGAUCCAACAAAGACAUUAUUAGUAUCAUCAGGUGUUGAAAGUAUAAGAUUACCAAUGAAUGAAUUUACAAACUGGUAUAGAUAUUUAAAUUUACCACAAAUUUUCAAUUAUUCAAAUUCAUCACUAUUUAAAUAUGCACAAGAUUUCAAAAAGACUUUAAAAACAUGUAUAACUUCAAAAAUAAAUCUUAAAACUUCAAUUUUAUUAACUUCAAUGAGUAGAGGUAUUGGUAAAACAACCCUUGUUAAAAAUGUAUGUAAUGAAAUGGGAUUAAAUUUAAUUGAAUUAGAUUGUUUUGAUUUAUUAAAUCCUGGUCAAGAAUUGAAAACAAUUGGGAUAUUAUCUGGUAAAAUUGAUAAAUUGAUUGCUAAUGUACCUACUAAAUCAUCAUUACAUGUUAUAUAUUUAAAACAUAUUGAAAAUUUAUGUCCUAAAAUUGAUGAAAAUGAUCAAAAUUCAAAUAUUUUCACAUCAUUAAGUUUAAAAAUUAUUCAAACGUUAAAUGAUUAUUUAAAUAAUUAUUCAAACUUAGUAGUUGUUUUAAGUUGCAAUGAUUAUGAUAAAUUAAAUGAUAAUUUAAAAUCAUUAAUAAAAUUUACUUUUGAAUUUACAGUACCUAGUGAAAAUGAAAGAUUGGAAAUUUUCAAAUUUCUUACUGAGAAUGAAAAAGACAAAAUACCUUCAAAUGAUAUAAAUUCAUAUCCAUUUAUAAUUCGAAAAGAUAUAAAUUAUAAAAAUUUAGCAUUACAAUCAGCAGGUCUAACUCCAAGAGAUUUAAUUUCAAUAAUUAAAAAAUCUAAAAAAUUAGCAAUUAAAAGAUUAAAAACAUUAUCAAAACAAUCUAAUAUCAAAAUACAAGAUUUAAUAGAUAUUGGAAAUGGUGGAAUCAUAACUUGGAUCCCUGAAGAUUUUAAUUCCGCCAUUAAUGAAGCUAGAAAUCAAUUUUCAGAUUCUAUUGGUGCACCUAGAAUCCCUAAUGUUAAUUGGGAAGAUGUUGGUGGGUUAGACUUAAUCAAGGAUGAAAUUUUAGAUACUAUAGAUAUGCCAUUAAAACAUCCUGAAUUAUUUAAUAAUGGUUUAAAGAAAAGAAGUGGUAUUUUAUUUUAUGGUCCUCCAGGUACUGGUAAAACAUUACUUGCAAAAGCAAUAGCCACCAAUUUUUCAUUAAAUUUCUUUUCAGUUAAAGGUCCUGAAUUAUUAAAUAUGUAUAUUGGUGAAUCUGAAGCAAAUGUUCGUAGAGUUUUUCAAAGAGCUAGAGAUGCAAAACCUUGUGUUAUUUUCUUUGAUGAAUUAGAUUCAGUUGCUCCUAAAAGAGGUAAUCAAGGAGAUUCAGGUGGUGUUAUGGAUAGAAUUGUAUCUCAAUUAUUAGCAGAAUUAGAUGGUAUGAGUUCAGAAGGUGGUGAUGGUGUAUUUGUAGUUGGUGCAACAAAUAGACCUGAUUUAUUAGAUGAAGCAUUAUUACGACCUGGUAGAUUUGAUAGAAUGUUAUAUUUGGGUAUUUCAGAUACAAAUGAAAAACAAACAAAGAUUUUAGAAGCAUUGACCAGGAAAUUUAAAUUAGAUGAUCAAGUUAAUUUAGAAGUUAUUGCUGAAAAAUGUUCAUUUACAUAUACUGGUGCUGAUUUUUAUGCUUUAUGUUCUGAUUCAAUGUUGAAUGCAAUGACUAGAAUAGCAAAUGAAAUUGAUGAUAAGAUUAAAAAUUAUAAUUUUGAAAUGAAAAGACAAGGUAAAGAUGAAGUUAAUACUCGUUGGUGGUUUGAUAAUAUUGCAACUGAACAAGAUACUACAGUUGUUGUUAAAAUGGAAGAUUUCGUAAAAGCUCAAAUUGAUUUAAUCCCAUCUGUUUCAGCUGAAGAAUUACAACAUUAUUUAAGAGUUCGUGAAAAUUUCGAAGGUGGUAAAGAAAAAGCACAACAACAAUUUAAUGAAGAAAAUGAACAACAACAAAUACAACCACAACAACAUUUUCAAGUGAUUGAGGAAGAAGACCCAUAUGGUGAUGAUAUGAUGGAUGGUCAUGUAGAAAUGAAUGGAAAUGGACAUUAA